AUGGUGGAAUUAUCUCUGAACUGGAAGCAGCUCAGUUCCAGAAUAGAAAAACCGACUACCAAUAAGCCAAAAAGUUCAAAAGUAAAACAAAAGCACGUAAGAAAUUCUGUUGAGAAAAAGAAACACCUUCUUUGUUUGAAACAAAGACAAGUCCGUCUGGAUGGAUCGAUCAAUGCAAGUCCCGUGGAGUUCGCUCUUUGGAAUACAUUAGGAAGUAAUGAAAUCAAAAAGGAGAAUAUUUCGACAUCUGCAAAUAUCAUUACCAAGUCAGAAAAAGAUAAAAGAAAAGAUCUUGGAAAGAUUGUGGCUAUGGAUUGUGAGUUCGUAGGGGUGGGACCUGAAAAAGUUUCAGCACUCGGUAGGGUCACAAUUGUCAAUUUUUAUGGACAUAUAGUAAUGGAUAAGUAUGUAAGACCUAAACGAAGGGUGACGGAUUGGAGGACAUGGGUAUCAGGAAUCUCACCUUGGCACAUGCAGUUUGCUAUAGAAUUUGACGAUGCAAGAGCCAAGGUUGCGUCCAUUCUAAAAAACAAGAUUCUAGUUGGACAUGCGUUGGAAAACGAUCUUGAAAAAUUGCUCUUGAAACACCCAAAGUCGUUGAUUAGAGAUACCAGUUCAUUUUUGCCUUUUAGGAAGAUCUCUUCUGGUAGAACCCCAAGUUUGAAAAACUUAACCAAGCAUUUCUUGGAUUUAGAUAUUCAAACAGGAGAACAUAACCCAAUUGAAGAUGCUAGAGCCACCAUGUUGCUAUACCGCUUGGAGAAGAAUCAAUUUGAAGCCUUCGCAAAGCUGAUAAAAUAG